GUGUGUUUCAGUGAGUGCCAUUGCUGUGAUGAGGAGCGUGCCCAGAGGCUGCUGAUCCGGAUCUCUUCAUCCUGGGGUCAAACCACUUGUCUGAGGCUGGCUCUGGAGGCUGAUGACAAGAGCUUCGUUGCUCACUCUGGGGUUCAGGUAGGUCAAAGGUCAUUCAGGGGUUCAGGUAGGUCAAAGGUCACUCUGGGGUUCAGGUCGGUCAAAGGUAAUUCUGGGGUUCAGGUAGGUCAAAGGUAAUUCUGGGGUUCAGGUAGGUCAAAGGUCACUCUGGGGUUCAGGUAGGUCAAAGGUAAUUCUGGGGUUCAGGUAGGUCAAAGGUAAUUCUGGGGUUCAGGUAGGUCAAAGGUCACUCUGGGGUUCAGGUAGGUCAAAGGUAAUUCUGGGGUUCAGGUAGGUCAAAGGUAAUUCUGGGGUUCAGGUAGGUCAAAGGUCACUCUGGAGUUCAGGUAGGUCAAAGGUCAUUCUGGGGUUCAGGUAACUCCAGUUAUAUUAUCAUAACACUUUUGAACUAUAUUUAAUGAAUCACACUUCUCGCAAAUAUUUUCCCUACACUGCCUUUGGUCUUGUGGCAUUUUAUUAAAGUAGUGGAUUAAACUAUUGCUAAAGCAGGUGUUCCCUUAUGUGUGUUGUGUAGCCCUGUGUGUGAUUGGUCCUGAGUCAUCUGUUCUGUAUCCCCCAGGCUCUCCUGACCCAGAUCUGGUCCUGAGUCGUCUGUUCUGUAUCCCCCAGGCUGUCCUGACCCAGAUCUGGUCCUGAGUCGUCUGUUCUGUAUCCCCCAGGCUCUCCUGACCCAGAUUUGGUCCUGAGUCAUCUGUUCUGUAUCCCCCAGGCUCUCCUGACCCAGAUCUGGUCCUGAGUCAUCUGUUCUGUAUCCCCCAGGCUCUCCUGACCCAGAUCUGGUCCUGAGUCAUCUGUUCUGUAUCCCCCAGGCUCUCCUGACCCAGAUCUGGUCCUGAGUCAUCUGUUCUGUAUCCCCCAGGCUCUCCUGACCCAGAUCUGGUCCUGAGUCGUCUGUUCUAUAUCCCCCAGGCUCUCCUGACCCAGAACUGGUCCUGAGUCAUCUGUUCUGUAUCCCCCAGGCUCUCCUGACCCAGAUCUGGUCCUGAGUCGUCUGUUCUGUAUCCCCCAGGCUGUCCUGACCCAGAUCUGGUCCUGAGUCGUCUGUUCUGUAUCCCCCAGGCUCUCCUGACCCAGAUCUGGUCCUGAGUCAUCUGUUCUGUAUCCCCCAGGCUCUCCUGACCCAGAUCUGGUCCUGAGUCAUCUGUUCUGUAUCCCCCAGGCUCUCCUGACCCAGAUCUGGUCCUGAGUCGUCUGUUCUGUAUCCCCCAGGCUAUCCUGACCCAGAUUUGGUCCUGAGUCAUCUGUUCUGUAUCCCCCAGGCUCUCCUGACCCAGAUCUGGUCCUGAGUCAUCUGUUCUGUAUCCCCCAGGCUCUCCUGACCCAGAUCUGGUCCUGAGUCGUCUGUUCUAUAUCCCCCAGGCUCUCCUGACCCAGAACUGGUCCUGAGUCAUCUGUUCUGUAUCCCCCAGGCUCUCCUGACCCAGAUCUGGUCCUGAGUCGUCUGUUCUGUAUCCCCCAGGCUCUCCUGACCCAGAUCUGGUCCUGAGUCAUCUGUUCUGUAUCCCCCAGGCUCUCCUGACCCAGAUCUGGUGUGGGGAGCUGGCGGUGGACAAUCCUCUGUGGAGGGUGCUGCUAUGUAUGCUGUUCUUCCCUCUCAUCUACACUGGCUUCCUGGGAUUCAGGUAACUAACGUCUGAUCCCUAACCCCUAAUUUGGCCCCUGGGAUUCAGGUAACUAACCUCUGAUCCCUAACCCCUAAUUUGGCCCCUGGGAUUCAGGUAACUAACCUCUGAUCCCUAACCCCUAAUUUGGCCCCUGGGAUUCAGGUAACUAACCUCUGAUCCCUAACCCCUAAUAUGGUCCCUGGGAUUCAGGUAACUAACCCCUGAUCCCUAACCCCUAAUUUGGCCCCGGCCCCUGGCCCCUAAGCCCUCUGUGGAGGGUGCUGCUCUGUGCUGUUCUUCCCGCUCAUCUACACUGGCUUCCUGGUAUUCAGGUGGGUACUGCUGGCCACAACUCUGUAGCAAUGUAGUGGUUUACCAGAGAUAGGAGGACAGAGUCUGGGUGAGGAGAGGAGAGAAUGUCGUCAAACCUCAGGCAGACCACAUGGUGGCAGCAAAACCCUAUGGUAGAAGACUGAACGGCCAUCUUGUUCACUCAGGGAAGUGAAUUAACUGUAUAAUUUACUAAACUCUAGACAUGUUCUGGAUCUGGAUGAGUAAUAUCCUCUCUAAUCCCCCAGGCGUGAUGAGUCCAUCCAUAGAGAGACAGAGAGGAGUGCUGAGCUGCUCACCAUGGAGUCAUUAACAGGAAGCCAGGCCUGCACCAGGAGAAAGUCUCCUGAACAGUGAGUGUGAUUAUACACUGAGGGUACGUCCCAAAUGGCACCCUAUUCCCUAUAAAAGUAGCGCACUAUAAGGAAAAAGGGUGACAUUUCUGAUGCAUAUUGAGUUACAUUCUGCUGGUAUAAACACUUACCUUACGCCUCACCCCUGACGCCUCACCCCUGACGCCUCACCCCUGACGCUUCACCCCUGACGCUUCACCCCUGACGCCUCACCCCUGACGCCUCACCCCUGACGCCUCACCCCUGACUUCUCACCCUUGCCGUCUGCCCCCUCCCUGACAGGAUCCCUCUGGGUCUGAAACCAUUGACAGUCUCCACCCGGCUGGUCAGCCUCUUCACCUCUCCUCAGGUAAACCCUUACCCAACCCCUCACCCAUGACCUCUGUUGACCUCUCCCCAGGUGAACUUAUACUGUUGUUGUCAACCCUUACAUGACCCCUGACCUCUGUUGACCUCUCCCCAUACAGGUGAAGUUCUACUGGAACAUCUUGUCCUACUUCAGCUUCCUGCUGCUGUUCUCUGUGGUGCUGAUGAUCGACUUCCAGGCCACGCCCUCCUGGAGGGAGGGGCUUCUCUAUGUCUGGUUCAUCUCAUUGGUCUGUGAAGAGGUCCGACAGGUGAGACAUCUUGCCCUGUGCACGCACGCACACACACGCACACACACACACACACACGAACACACACACACAUUCUAUUCUACUUAAAGUCAAAAUAGAUUGGCCAAACUAGUAUAAAGUUAGAAGAUGGAUGUGUCUACAGUAUAAAGUCAGAAGAUGGAUGUAUCUACAGUAUUAAGUCAGAAGAUGGAUGUGUCUACAGUAUUAACUAUGUGCUGUUUGUUGCCCACAGCUGUUCCAUGAGCAAGAUGGGUUUGGGUUCCGUAAGAAGGCUGAUAUGUACAUUAACGACAUGUGGAACAUUCUAGACGUUCUGUCCAUCCUGCUCUUCAUCAUCGGCCUGGCCUUCAGGUGAGCUGCCUCCUCUUCCUCCUUUUUUUCUUCCUCUAACGCUAGCUAGCGUUAAAGAUGGACUCCGCUGUAGGGAACGCUAGCUAGCGUUAAAGAUGGACUCCGCUGUAGGGAACGCUAGCUAGCGUUAAAGAUGGACUCCGCUGUAGGGAACGCUAGCUAGCGUUAAAGAUGGACUCCGCUGUAGGGAACGCUAGCUAGCGUUAAAGACGGACUCCGCUGUAGGGAACGCUAGCUAGCGUUAAAGACGGACUCCGCUGUAGGGAACGCUAGCUAGCAUUAAAGAUGGACUCCGCUGUAGGGAACGCUAGCUAGCGUUAAAGAUGGACUCCGCUGUAGGGAACGCUAGCUAGCGUUAAAGACGGACUCCGCUGUAGGGAACGCUAGCUAGCGUUAAAGACGGACUCCGCUGUAGGGAACGCUAGCUAGCGUUAAAUAUGGACUCCGCUGUAGGGAACGCUAGCUAGCGUUAAAGAUGGACUCCGCUGUAGGGAACGCUAGCUAGCGUUAAAGAUGGACUCCGCUGUAGGGAACGCUAGCUAGCGUUAAAGAUGGACUCCGCUGUAGGGAACGCUAGCUAGCGUUAAAGAUGGACUCCGCUGUAGGGAACGAGAGAUGAUCUUAUACUACUGAUCUACUGUAUAUUUCUCUUGCAGAUUGACCACCAGGUUGUUCUACGCAGGGAAGGUCAUCCUGUGUAUCGACUUCAUCAUUUUCUGUCUUCGUCUCAUGGCCAUCUUCAUCAUCAGUAAAACUCUGGGCCCCAAGAUCAUCAUCGUCAGGAGAAUGGUGAGAGGAUGGAUUGAUAGACAUUAGCUCCAUGUUAUUGUGUCUAUUGUGGGACGCUUAACUGUAGUUGAAUAUCAACAACCAACCUACCACACCAGUUAUGUGAAUAAAUGGUAUGAUUCAUAAUGCAUUCAAACGGAUAAACCAGCGUGCGAGUAUCGGCAUCACCACUCGUUACUUAAAUUACACAUGUUCUAAGAUACGUUAUGUGAUUAUUACAAAAUAUUCUAAGUCUACAGUGUCUAUCAACUAAAUAAGACCUACGUGUUUCUACAUGUCUUAUAGAAUAAUUUUACAAAGUGAAAACUAUGUGCAUCUAAACACACAGAAGUUUACAAGUUCUCAAAGAGAAUUCACUUCCCUUUUAACCAAAUCCAAGCAGGAACUCAUCACCAACUUCAAUUGACUUUGAACUGUUGUUGAAAACAGAAGGCUCACCACACACGGAUUCUAAUCACAUUACGACAGGACACAGGAACGGUCCCAUCUGAUAAGCAAACAGCCCAACAGACAGAUUCAACCUGGUCUCUCUAAAGUACAUAAUUCGGAAUACAUACAAUGCAUUAAAGGACCCCCCAUUAUGCAUUAAAGGACCCCCCCCCCAGAGGAAGUUGCCACCAUUAUUUCGACAUAAUGUCUGUCCCAGUGCGGAAAAUGCUGAUUUAGUUCCACCCUCUGAACACAGCUUCCACUAGAUACCACAACCACAAAGUCCAAAUUGGCUAAAUCGUAAAAAUAUAUGAAAAAAUAAUAACUUUUUGGUCUUAAUUUAAGGUUAGCAGUGUGGCUAAGGUUAGCAGUGUGGCUAAGGUUAGGGUUACGGUUAGGUUUAAAAUCAGAUUUUAAGAAAAUAAAUUGUAGAAAUAUGCACGGUUUAUUACUUUGUGGCUGUGGUAACUAGUGACGACCUCCGAACACUGACAUAUGGUUCCUUAUAAAUAAUGAUUAAUCGGGUGUGCACAUCUCCACCUUCCUCCCUGUACACAGCCCAUACGGUCUCUGGUGCAGCCCACUCUCCAGGGUAGCUUUGCUAAUCGCUACGACAAGGCAGAGGACCAUCCACGCUCCUCCUUCCUCUUCUGCAAUGGAAUUGAAUGAUCAAGAAUGAAUGUAUAGUUUAGAGCAGUGGCGGCUCCUGAAAAAAUUCUCAGGGGGGGCAAUUUUUCUGAUGAUUUAGGUGACCUACACACAUUUAAAAAAAGAUAUGUCCAGCAACAACAUGAAGACAGGGGCAGCAUAUAAGUCAAUACUGAUAUACACAUUACUUGCUUCAAAAAGGCCUCAUGGUUGAAUUGGAAAUAUGUGCACCUGAGCAAGCAGGAGCUUUUGAUAGAGGCUACUGAAAACAUUGAUGCAAGUUAUUGGUAAUAAGACAUUUUUAUAGACUUCCAUAUUCUGCCCUCUUGUAUAGAUUUGUGAAAAUGAACAGUGAUAGACAUUUUGCCUGAAAACAGAAUUUGAAAAUAAUUUCUAGAAAAGGUAAACACAGCUAUCUGUAUGGCUUUGUAAAUAUGAACAACCAUAUUCUGGCCAAUUGUAUAGAUUUGUAAAAAAAAUUGUUUACUUUUUUUAAAAUGAAAAAUAACUAUUUUAAACAACAUCAACUGUGAACUGAUUUGGGCGUGUGUGUGUUAAAGAGACAGACAGGGAGGGACAAAGAGAGAGAGAGGCUACAUUACUUGUACUGAAACUGUUCUCUUCUCUCUUUCAAUGCAGCAAAGCGGUCAAUGACUUUCUCAUUGAAAUCAGGCAUGCUGAGGACUAGUUUACUAGUUACUUUUUAGCUUGCUGCAUGAUCAAAUUCAGCUGAUGCGCAUAGCAAUGCACGUAAUGGCCUUUCUUGAAAUGCUCACGCACCUUUUGCCUUCUCUCGCCUCAUCACACUGGCUCCAUCGUAAGCUUGCGCAAUGAGUUUGACUUUCACGUCGUCGGCAAAAAGACCGUUCAGUCUCUCCAAAAGCACACUGGCGAUUGAGACUGAGGUUGAUUCCGAGAUGGGAAGGAACUCAAAAAAGCGCUCCUGCACUUUGUGGUUGUCUCUUUGAUGUGAACUUCUUUCAAAGAGACAAUCGAGUUGCACUGAACGCUAUAGCCAUCUUGAUAGUAGUACGUGAAUUGAUUGAUGCUGCUACCCGCUCUUUUCUUAGUUACGUUCAUGGUUACGUUACGUAUGACGAAAGCGCGUAAGUGCAAGCCCUCAGAAACCCAUAGAGAUUGUAUUGAAAGCUCUGAAAUUUGAAAAAAAUAGAUUUUACAUGGGAGUCUAUGACAGACUUCUGGGCGAUUUUCAACCUGACUGAAAUCGCCCCAAAAGGGGGGGGGGGGCCAUUUGAACACGACUUUAGCCUGAUUGGACAUUUAGUGGCAGUGUGGCACUGUGGCAGAUCAGACGUCUAGAUUACAACACUGAUAACUACUGUUGCCGUGAUAUAAUUGAUUAGAAAAAAAAUCCCUUCCUUUUCCCGUUUGGCAGUGCGUCGCCCAUAUCGCCCCAUUGAACACACCGCCCCUGGUUUAGAGAUAAUGCUGGAGUUUUACCGGCAAAGCUAAAGGCUAGCUAACCUACUCCCUGGACCAAUAAAGCUAGCUAGCUAGCCACCAUUGUUCCUGUACCCAAGAAAGCAAAGGUAACUGAACUAAAUGACUAUCGCCCUGUAGCACUCACCUCUGUCAUCAUGAAGUGCUUUGAGAGGCUAGUUAAGGAUCAUAUCACCUCUACCUUACCUGUCACCCUGGACCCACUUCAAAUUGCUUAACGCCCCAAUAGAUCCACAGACGAUGCAAUCGCCAUCACACUGCACACUGCCCUAUCCCAUCUGGACAAGAGGAAUACCUAUGUAAGAAUGCUGUUCAUUGACUAUAGCUCAGCAUUCAACACCAUAGUACCCUCCAAGCUCAUCAUUAAGCUCGAGGCCCUGGGUCUGAACCCUGCCCUGUGCAACUGGGUCCUGGACUUCCUGACGGGCCGCCCCCAGGUAGUGAAGGUAGGAAACAACAUCUCCACCUCGCUGAUCCUAAACACUGGGGCCCCACAAGGGUGCGUACUCAGCCCCCUCCUGUACUCCCUGUUCACCCAUGACUGCGUGGCCAAGCACGCCUCCAACUCAAUUAUCAAGUUUGCAGACGACAAAACAGUAGUAGGCUUGAUUACCAACAAUGUUGAGACAGCCUACAGGGAGGAGGUGAGGGCUCUGGGAGUGUGGUGCCAGGAAAAUAACCUCUCACUCAAUGUCAGCAAAACAAAGGAGAUGAUCGUGGACUUCAGGAGACAACAGAGGGUGCACCCCCCUAUCCACGGGACCGCAGGGCUCUCCAGAGGGUGGUGCGGUCUGCCAAACGCACCACCCUCAUGUGUAUAUACUGUAUUCUAUAAUAUUCUACCGUAACUUAGUCCAUGCCGCUCUGUCAUUGCUUGCCCAUAUAUUCUUAAAUUCCAUUCCUUACUAGAUUUGUGUGUAUUGGGUAUAUUUUACAUUUUAGUCAUUUUGCAGACGCUCUUAUCCAGAGCCACUUACAGUUAGUGAGUGCAUACAUUUUUCAUACUGGCCCCCCGUGGGAAACAAACCCACAACCCUGGCGUUGCAAGCGCCAUGCUCUACCAACUGAACUACAGGGAACUGCUAAACGUCUGCUAAACACGUGUAUGUGACAAAUACAAUUUGAUUUGAUUUGAGGUAGCAGGGUUGCCAGGUCUAGCAAAAAUGACCACUCAAAACCAGCCCACAAGGCCUGAAAACCAGGCCCAUUUUUCUUCUUCUUCCCAGCAAGAAAUAUCAUGAGGUGCACCCGUCCUUUCACGAUUUCAACUAGUUACCACAAGCACAAAGUCAUAAUUGGCUGUAUCGUAACAAUUAAUGAAAACAAAAAUUUGCUUUUGGUCUUAAUUUAAGGUUAGGGUUAGGCAUAAGGUUAGCAGUGUGGUUAAGGUUAGGGUUAGGCAUAAGGUUAGCAGUGUGGUUAAGGUUAGGGUUAGGCAUAAGGUUAGCAGUGUGGUUAAGGUUAGGGUUAGGCAUAAGGUUAGCAGUGUGGUUAAGGUUAGGGUUAGGCAUAAGGUUAGCAGUGUGGUUAAGGUUAAACUAGUGACGACCUCCUCUCACUCACUCAGCUUCCUGCUCUGCCUGCAGUUCUCUUUCAACACACUCACUCCCCUCCAACCCUCCCUACCACUCACUCAUUUAUUCAUCAACAGCUUGCCUUACUGCCUGGUAGUCAGUAGCAGCAGAUCACAGUGUAAUUAAUAGGUUAUUUAAAAUACCAUGGCGGCCAAGGUGCAAUUUAGAAGUAGCCCAAAAACCUGCCACGAAUACAUUUUCACCCGCAACACCGUUUUCAAAUUAGUCGAAUUUGCGAGAAAAACCACAUACAUGGCAACCCUGCCAGGUAGCUACCGGUAACUAUUAGCAACUGUGGAUAAUUGAUUCCAAUGUUGUUUCAUGCAAAAGUUCCGUUGACCCUUCCAUUCCGGAAGUAAUUCAUCCAUUCAUUGUAGCUAUUGUCGCUCUUUAGAGUUUAUAUUUUCUCUCGUGUAAAUUAACUUGUGGAAUUAAUGGAUUGCUCAUUAUACUAAUAAAGUCUGAUUUGAUCCAAAAAUAUGGUAGUCAGUUUAAAAAUGGUUAAGAGUACAAGAUUGUGUACAUAUCUGGCUGUGUUGGCAAAAUCACAACAUAUCCCAUGGAGCUAAGCGGGGAAAGGCUGCCCAUUGUCACCGUUCCUAGACCAGUCAGAAACGUCCAGCUAACCCUGCCGGUGGAUCUCAAACGUCCAGCUAACCCUGCCGGUGGAUCUCAAACGUCCAGCUAACCCUGCCGGUGGAUCUCAAACGUCCAGCUAACCCUCCCGAUGGAUCUCAAACGUCCAGCUAACCCUCCCGAUGGAUCUCAAACGUCCAGCUAACCCUCCCGAUGGAUCUCAAACGUCCAGCUAACCCUCCCGAUGGAUCUCAAACGUCCAGCUAACCCUCCCGAUGGAUCUCAAACGUCCAGCUAACCCUCCCGGUGGAUCUCAAACGUCCAGCUAACCCUCCCGAUGGAUCUCAAACGUCCAGCUAACCCUCCCGGUGGAUCUCAAACGUCCAGCUAACCCUCCCGAUGGAUCUCAAACGUCCAGCUAACCCUCCCGAUGGAUCUCAAACGUCCAGCUAACCCUCCCGAUGGAUCUCAAACGUCCAGCUAACCCUCCUGAUGGAUCUCAAACGUCCAGCUAACCCUGCUGGUGGAUCUCAAACGUCCAGCUAACCCUGCCGGUGGAUCUCAAACGUCCAGCUAACCCUGCUGGUGGAUCUCAAACGUCCAGCUAACCCUGCCGGUGGAUCUCAAACGUCCAGCUAACCCUGCCAAUGGAUCUCAAACAUCCAGCUAACCCUGCCGGUGGAUCUCAAACGUCCAGCUAACCCUGCCGAUGGAUCUCAAACGUCCAGCUAACCCUGCCGAUGGAUCUCAAACGUCCAGCUAACCCUGCCGGUGGAUCUCAAACGUCCAGCUAACCCUCCCGAUGGAUCUCAAACGUCCAGCUAACCCUCCCGAUGGAUCUCAAACGUCCAGCUAACCCUCCCGAUGGAUCUCAAACGUCCAGCUAACCCUCCCGAUGGAUCUCAAACGUCCAGCUAACCCUCCCGAUGGAUCUCAAACGUCCAGCUAACCCUGCCGGUGGAUCUCAAACGUCCAGCUAACCCUGCCGGUGGAUCUCAAACGUCCAGCUAACCCUGCCGGUGGAUCUCAAACGUCCAGCUAACCCUGCCGAUGGAUCUCAAACGUCCAGCUAACCCUGCCGAUGGAUCUCAAACGUCCAGCUAACCCUGCCGUUGGAUCUCAAACGUCCAGCUAACCCUCCCGAUGGAUCUCAAACGUCCAGCUAACCCUGCCGGUGGAUCUCAAAACUGAACUCGGAUCCGCGUUAAGUAGCAAUGAUAUCCUUCACCACCGUCGCGACCGAUACUGUAGCUCGAACCAUGAUGACAACAAAACAAUACAUCAUUUUCAUUUUCAAGUUUCUUUUCAGACAAUUUCUUAGUUACAUGAUUGUAUAACUAGCAAAGGAGUUUUGAAGUUGAGAGUAGUUUAGCCAGGGAAAACCGGAACAGGAUAUAGCUGGGCGCGUUCAGGAAAACCGGAACAGGAUAUAGCUGGGCGCGUUCAGGAAAACCGGAACAGGAUAUAGCUGGGCGCGUUCAGGAAAACCGGAACAGGAUAUAGCUGGGCGCAUUCAGGACAGUGAUUGUAGUUUUUAUGCCCUGAUAUCAGGAGUUUGAUUAAACAAUUCAGAGACUGAAAUGAAUACAUCAGGUGACAAAUAUUUAAGGAGAGCGAAUCGAUUUACAAUCUGGAAAUUAGCUGUAACUGUCAAUAGUAAAACAAAGCUUAAAACGAUGUUUGAGUGAACCCUGAAUCCAGGAAAUGAAUGGUGAAGUCGCUUCCAGACUUGGUAGACUCCUCCUCCUCACCACUCUAUGUAGCUAGCUUGUUAGCUAUUUGGCUAACUAACCGUUUACACAUUGGUGUUUGGAGACACAGAUAGCUAUUUAGCACAGGUAGUCCAGUCUGUCUUCCAUCUGUUAAUAUGGCCGUGUGGGAACCCUGACCCUAUAAAGGUGAGUAUCAAUUUAACCUUUUGUUUUUUGAAAAUUAUUUCUCGCUGAUAUGAAAAAUAAGGUCCUUAUGUUUCCCAAACCGUACCGCAAGAGAUAUACAUUUACAUUUAAGUCAUUUAGCAGACGCUCUUAUCCAGAGUGACUUACAGUUAGUGAAUACAGAGAUGUAGGGAGAUUAGGGUUCAGAGAUGUGUGUUAAUGUUCAGACCGAGAGGUCUUAACAAAACAAGACGCCUUCGUCCAAUGACUUCGUACAGAAGACGCCUUCGUCCAAUGACUCCGUACAGAAGACGCCUUCGUCCAAUGACUCCGUACACAAGACGCCUUCGUCCAAUGACUCCGUACAGAAGACGCCUUCGUCCAAUGACUCCGUACAGAAGACGCCUUCGUCCAAUGACUCCGUACAGAAGACGCCUUCGUCCAAUGACGCCGUACAGGAGACGCCUUCGUCCAAUGACUCCGUACAGAAGACGCCUUCGUCCAAUGACUCCGUACAGAAGACGCCUUCGUCCAAUGGACUCCGUACAGAAGACGCCUUCGUCCAAUGACUCCGUACAGAAGACGCCUUCGUCCAAUGACUCCGUACAGAAGACGCCUUCGUCCAAUGACUCCGUACAGAAGACGCCUUCGUCCAAUGACUCCGUACAGAAGACGCCUUCGUCCAAUGACUCCGUACAGAAGACGCCUUCGUCCAAUGACUCCGUACAGAAGACGCCUUCGUCCAAUGACUCCGUACAGAAGACGCCUUCGUCCAAUGACUCCGUACAGAAGACGCCUUCGUCCAAUGACUCCGUACAGAAGACGCCUUCGUCCAAUGACUCCGUACAGAAGACGCCUUCGUCCAAUGACUCCGUACAGAAGACGCCUUCGUCCAAUGACUCCGUACAGAAGACGCCUUCGUCCAAUGACUCC